GAACCCGCGGCCGCUGCUUCUAUGAGUCCACCGCGUCCUUGUCACCUAGACUUCGCAGAACCAAGUCCGCACCCCGUUGUGCGGGAUGAGUCGAAGUUGAAGGAGAAAAAGCGCUUGUCUUGGGCAGCCCUAACCUUGGACGACUCUGGGGAUGAUACCGAUGCGAUGAAAGAUCACGGAGUAUCAUUACGAACGAGUGCAAAAGCUGCAGACAACAAUAGAUUAAGGCUUCCCCUAAUCCAUCUCCAGAAGCAUCAUCUUGAAGGUACUAAGUAUCUCAUAGGGAGAAGGCAGCCGCAAGAAGAUGCGUCUCAGGAUGACUUUGGGUAAGCUCUAAAUAAAGUGUUGAGAAAGACACCUUGUUCAUCGUCAACCACUGCGAAAAAGCAUCUAGAACUAGAAGUGGAUCCGGUUUUAGAGGAGGAAAAAGCUAACGGGUCAACUUCAGCCGGAGGAGAGGCGCAGCCAUCUGCUUCACCAUCUACAACUUCAAUCCUGAAAAAGAAAGAACAAGAAGUAGUAGGGACAUCGAAAUCUUCAGAUGGAGGUGAUGGGAUUCUUGACGAAGAAGAGCCUGGUGUGGCAGUCUCCACAGAGCCACCAGCCGUUUGGACCAAUCCGGACGACGAAGAGUGGCUCGAGGUUGCCGAAGUGUGCGCGAGUCUAGGCAUCACAGAACAGGAAUUCUGGCAUCUUGCUGGGUUUCCGGAACCAGCAGUGCAUUCGUCUUCGAACAAUGUGGAUCAAGGCAACAAUGCAGCUCAAGAACAUGUUGCGGCAGAUCAAAACGUUGUUCAAGAGGGACCACAAUCUCAAGAAUCCUCCAUGCCUCAUUUGUCUGGCAAUGAGGACACGAGCCGGGAUUCCUCAAUGUAUGCUCUGUGCGGCAGUGGAUCCACGGUGCCUUUGCUGUCGUCUUCUAGGAACGACGUGCUGAAUCAUGUUAUGAGGGGAUGUUUUAUUGUACUUAGCAUUAUAGUAUAUAGUUCCGUACCUCCUACUAUGUUGAGCGAAGAUGAUACUCAGAAGCUCUUCGAAGUCAUCGGAUGGAAGUACAACUGAGUAAAAUAGAUUUACCGACGAGUAGAUGAGUAAUGCAGAUCGCCGAGUAGAUUCAAAUCAUCAUCAGAUGAGUAAUCCACCAGAGUCGUUUCAGAUGGUUUAAUGUUAAGCCACUAACCUACUUGGACCUACAACUAAGCAUAACAUUCAAAACAAUGUUGAUCUAAAACCACUAUUCCUUGGAGGACCUCUUCUAAAACCAGUGCCGGACCGUCGUCAUCCACGCUUGCUUCCACUAUCGGACAGGAGGAAUUGCAAGCUUGCUCGUCCGUCCCGCUCUUUGCGACUUCGGAAGAAGACUCGUCGUUAAUCCCUCUGGCGAUGCCAGUUGGCAGCGUUAAUUAAGGCUCAACUUUCAAUGGUCACCAUUUAGACUGGAGUCACUGAGAUCGAAGAGGCGACCCCUUUUUGAGAGAACCAACAGGGGAAAACUGAAGGAAAAGGGGAGAGCUUUGAAGGGGGUCUCUUCCGUUCAGAGUCAGUGACCACCGACUGCUGAGCUUUAAGGUAAGGACAAGGAGGAUAGCUCAUCUUUGACUCCUCAAGAACAAGCAGGCCAACAAGAUCCAAGCUUGUCCGCAGGUGGCCAGUCAGUCACGCUGCAACUGCCGGAUGGUAGCACUUGUGAAUUCCUUGUGCCUGCUCCGACCGCAGCAGCUUUGCCAGGACAGAUUGAAGAGUUAUGGGAAUCUUAGUUGGCAUCUUUGAGAUCAUCAUUGGCCACUUUUCACAUCCAACAAAGGAAAAAUACUAGGCCACUGUCACGGAUCCUAUCAUUAAAUCAAGAGAGAUGCAAUCUUCAAGUAAGGUGCUCUAAGACCAGAACCCAUCAGCUGGGAUGUUGCCUGGUUCGGCCCCUAUUCUGUGCAGAAGCAGUCGGCUACUGCUACGAAGUGUUCCGGUGGCGGUUUCAGACCAGCUUUAGGCCAGUCAUCCGAGUCCACGUCCAGCGCUUCACUGAAAAGCAUGUCGGUCAAAGAUUAUGGCUCAACGAGAAGAUACAUAGAAGUAGAACUACAAGUUAGCACUUUAUUGACAGACUGGCUGUUGUACGGCUUAUCACAUCUUGUUGGUAACCUUUUAGCUGAAAGGUUUUUUUUUUCUAAGACAAGGUCGCUGCGAAGAUUAUGGGCGAAGAGGCACCGGAGAGCACACCGCAGGUGGAGCAGAAUGAUCCUAGUUAUGUGCCAAACACCCGACACCUCUGGGCCCAAAGAGAUACGGCUGACGGUAUCUAUUUUAGCAUGUUUUAUUUCUUAUUCUUUGUCGUAUAGACUCACCCUUGUGUAGAGUUGCACUUGCCGAUUGAUUUCUGAUUUUAGAAACAAGAGAAGUUGAAUUUUGGCUCAAGUUCUAGGUCUCAUUUCUGUUGCUUCUAAAAAAAUGGACGUCUUGUCUCUAGCAUCAUGCGACGCCCUCCUCCACCUCCUCUGGCCCGAGUACAAGUAUUUGGACAACUACUAGGACAAGUCUAGUACCAACCCAAACAUUAUUUUGCUUCACAUAGAAAACUGAAUUUUUUUCAACAGCUCCGGGCGUGAUUGCACCAUUGGGAAGGCAGGAGGAGGAGAGUGAGGUAAUUCCAAUGGUUGGUGAACAAACCGCUGGAACGAACUUGGCCGAAAGCGAAUCUGUUCCAGCCGACACGUCCGGUGAAGCACAACAGCAAUUGUCGAAUGCUGAUGUCGAAAAGUUAAGAUGGGCUGUUGUAGACCUAGGCUCUCCUUUGGAGGUACCUCCUCUGUAUUGAGUGGCCUCACAAGUAGAUAUCAAAUGCUACAUAUUAAGACUAAGAGGUGGUUCCAUGAGUUGACAUUGUAGUAAGUUCAUCUUGGCACGUCCAUGUCCUCUACUGAUGAGUACUACCACGACUACUAUUGUUUCCCUUCAAAAACUUCUAAAUAUCCGAGAACUUGUAACAAAAGCCGACGACCCUCAAGCUGAGAAACAGGGAGUCCAGGUUGGUCGGAGCUACUUCCGAAUGGAUCUUGGACGCACAACCUAUGCACCAGAGCCAGAGUUGUUUAGGGAUUUCUUCGAACAAGAGCAAGAAACAGAAUACCUACAACGCCUCGAGAAGAUCAUCGCGUACGUUAUCCGCUUCGCGCAAGCACAUGCGGGUCCGCGACACUAUAAUUAG